AUCUAUCAGGGGACUGUGGAGUGAAGAAAACUCGCAGUUGGGCAGAGUAGCACUUUGGGAAAAUGGAAGAGUGUGUUUGGAGACGCCUAAAGUUGUCUGUCAAGCUCUGGCCUCUGGGGCACGCGAUGCUCCACGGCCGCCCGACUCGAAGCUGCCGGGGCCUCCCUGCCACCCGCCAGGAAAUGAUGCAAGUCUGGAUUGUCACCUGGAUCCCCGACUAGAAUCCGGCUGGACUGGGGGAGGGGCGAGAAAGGACACUCCAGGUGUUGCUCCGCCACCAAAUUCAAGCAAAAGGAAAGCGGGAAGAUGGGGCAGUUGCACAGACCAAAUACUUUAGUGCGUCUGUCUCUCUGUCUCUCUUCAGGCAUGGUUUUUGGUUUGGGGGGUAUUUUUUUCUUUUCUUUUCUUUUAAUGCCAAGCGUCACGACGCUAGGAAUUCCCAUUUGAGCUCAAUUUGCUCGCACCAUCUCAGUGCCCAUGUAUCUGUUGCCAUCUAUCAAGGCCUAAGGGCUGAAAGUGUCACUGAACUGCAAAGAGGAAACUUUCCCAGCAGGAUGCGAACCAGGGAACUGGGGACGCUGUCCCAGCGCAGAGCGGCCCCUCUUGCCCUUUCCUUAGUUGCAAUCAGAACUGGAAUCCGCUUUGGGUUUUUGUUUUACGUUGUUUUUUUUUUUUUAAAGCCCAUUCGGCCAUUGCCCUGGAGCACCCGCACACGCGCACGCAUCUCUGGCCGCGCUCACUCACACGCACGCAAACGCGUGGCCGCCGCCAGGUCGACAACUUUGUGGGGCGCUCCCAGCGGCGCCCGGCUUCCUCCCGUAGUAGUUGGCCCAGGCCCCGCCUCCCGGUUGUUUUGUCAAACGGGCCGGGGUCUCGGAUUGGUCCAGCCUCCGGGACAACACCUGCUCGACUCCUUCAUUCAAGUGACACCAGAGCUUCCAGGGAUAUUUGAGGCACCAUCCCUGCCAUCGCCGGGCACUCGCGGCGCUGCUAACGGCCUGGUCACAUGCUCUCCAGAGAGCUACGGGAGGGCGCUGGGUAACCUCUACCCGAGCGGCGGCCGCGAGGAGGAGGGAAAAGGCAAGCGAGGAGGAAGAGUGGGAGGAGGCGGGGAAGCUGCGGAGGAGGAAGAGGAGGAGGAGGGGAGCACAAAGAAUCCAGGUCUCCCGGCGGGAGGUGGAUACCCAGAACCAUGUGUGCUGAGCGGCUGGGCCAGUUCGUGACCCUGGCUUUGGUGUUGGCCACCUUGGACCCGGCGCGAGCGACCGACGCCACGAACCCUCCGGAAGGUCCCCAAGACAGGGGCUCCCAGCAGAAAGGCCGCCUGUCCCUGCAGAACACAGCGGAGAUCCAGCACUGUUUGGUGAACGCCGGCGAUGUGGGGUGUGGCGUUUUUGAAUGUUUUGAGAACAACUCUUGUGAGAUUCGGGGCUUACAUGGGAUUUGCAUGACUUUCCUGCACAACGCUGGAAAAUUUGAUGCCCAGGGCAAAUCAUUCAUCAAGGAUGCCUUGAGGUGCAAGGCCCAUGCCCUGAGGCACAGAUUUGGCUGCAUAAGCAGGAAGUGCCCAGCUAUUAAGGAAAUGGUGUUCCAGCUGCAGCGGGAGUGUUACCUCAAGCAUGAUUUGUGCUCAGCUGCCCAGGAGAACAUCGGAGUGAUAGUGGAGAUGAUUCAUUUCAAGGACCUACUGCUGCAUGAACCCUAUGUGGACCUCGUGAAUCUGCUGCUGACCUGUGGGGAGGAAGUGAAGGAAGCUGUCACCCGCAGCGUGCUGGCUCAGUGUGAGCAGAACUGGGGUGGCCUGUGCUCCAUCUUGAGUUUCUGCACCUCCAACAUCCAGAGGCCUCCCACUGCACCCCCCGAGCACCAGCCCCUGGAGGAUAGGGCCCAACCCUCCAGGCCUCACCACCGGGACUCGGACCACCGUCUCACAGAGGCAAGCAGCAGAGAGGUCAGCAGAGGUGCCAAGGAUGAGCGAGGGAGCAAAAGUCACCCAAAUGCCCAUGCCUGGGGCAAAGCAGGUGGCCAGGGCGCUCAGGGACCUUCUGGAAGCAGCGAGUGGGAAGAUGAACAAUCUGAGUAUUCCGAUAUCCGAAGGUGAAAUGAAAGCCCGGCCAUGAAAUCUUUCCUCCAGGCCGUCCAUUUUCUUAUCUAUGGACAUUCCAAAACAUUUACAUUGAAAAGAGGGGGGAUGUCACACGCAGGAUUUUGUGGGAAUUGUGGACUUGGUGCAGGUGUAUGAAGAGAUGAGAUGGAGACUCCGGGGCAGUGGGGUCUCAGGUGUGGGUGCCUGGGUAGACUGGCACCUACGUAUGCAUAUUCAAGGGAGUGUUACCUUGAGCCUUGUUACUUUGUCUCUUUCAGUCUGUAGAGCCAGCAGGUCAGCAGGUGGUGUCUACAGUGUGCUCUGUUGCAGGGGGGAGGUUAGUCUGGGAGGGGAGGGGCCACACAUAGGUGCUAGGCCCCUCCCCACAGCUUCCAGCACUGUGCAGAAGGCAGGGCAGCUGGGUUCCAGGGCAGAAGUGAAAAAUGUGACUGGCAAGGGAGAGAAGAACAGAGAGGAGACAGGGCCUCAGCCACGCUCAGUGCCAAACUGAAGUUCAGUGUCAUGCGUGGGACCUUGCAAUUCAGAGCUCCUGGAGGGGACACAGGGUAAUGUGUUUUCUGUGUGUCAUUUCUGAGCCGUCCUUCCAUCUGGGGGAUGCUGUCUGAAGGAGAGGCCCGUGUGUGUUUACUUCAACCACUGCUUCCACUCUCAGUUGCACUUUCUCUCUAUUUAUCUCUCUUAUUUAUCCAAUUACAUCUAUAUAUCUGUCAUCUAAAUAAAUGCCUUUCAAACCAAACAACUGGGUCACAAAAACCAGCUCAAACAGGGAAGAAAAUCAAUCCCAGCCCAUCUUUGGAGGAUAAAUUUUUAUAAGUACUAUUUUAAAAGGACUCAAACAGCACAGUGCCCACACGGGCUCCUACCUCCUAACCCCAGGACAGACCUUAUACCUAAAGGAAGAACACACAGAAGGAGUCCAUUUGACAACUUCCCCCUAGAAUGUUGCUAUCUGACCUUGCCCUCAGCCAACAUCCAUGAACCUGUACCAGCGAAUUUGUGUGGCAACAUUGGAAACCCGCCUCUGUGAGCCAGAAAGAGGGAAAAAGAGGAGACCAGAGACCACUAAGGAAAUUGCCUUUAAGAAAUGCCACCCUCCUCAUACAUGGAGGGAUCACUGGAAAUCUCUAAGAAACAGGGCUUUCCACACCCAGACUAGAAAUUUAGCAAUGAAGAGAGAAAUCAAUGGACAAGAGAAAGGCUGAAAGAGAGGGAUGCAGCAGAGGGACAGGGCUGUACCAGGAACUCCAUAGAAGUAGGUUUUCUGCAGUUACUUAAAAUUAGCAUAGUUUAUCCUCCUGCAGCCAGUACUCACACAGGAGCUGGUGCUGUAGGUGAGGGAGGUGUCCUGGGCUGGAUCUCUCUAGAGCAAGGCUCAGCAAACUCUUUCUGUGAAGGGCCAGAUAGUAACUGCGGAUCUUUAGUUUGAGUUGUCCGGCUCUGCAGUUGCAACACGUAAGCAUUCCAGCCAUGUAAAUGAAAGUGACUCUGUUCCACUAAGAUUUUCUUUAACAGGCACCCAGCUGGAUUUGGCUUACAGGCCAUGUACAGCAUGUUGUUCCCUGGACUAGGGAGCAAGCCAAAAAGCACACAUUCUGCCUUAUCCAACUACCCUCAAAGACCCCUGAGGCCAAAGACAGCCAAAUUCUCUACACUUAAAUGAUCUGUUCUAGGGAACACCCUCACCCCAAACUCAGCUGGUAUUUCUAUGUCCAGGAUUCAGUCUCAAUCUUUCAGCACCCCCUGCUUGAAAAUAAAAAUUCAUAUGAGGGGAGGGGGGCAGGUCAAUGAUGUGCUAGAAAACCCCCAGAAAGAUCUAGAGCUACAGAGACGUUUGGGAAGUUAAUGCAGUUCUGCCCUGAAGGGAGAAGGCCAAGCAUGUGAGGCCUGCCAUGUGCCACGCACCUUGACCGUUUCUCCCUGUGUCCCUCAAAAGCUAAAGCAAUAGUGUUCUCUGUUUCUGCCUCAGCUGCUCAUUUUUCCCCAGUGCCUGGGACUGGGUCUGUCAGUGUCUUGUGUGUUCACCUACUGAUGUUCUGUUUGUUGCUUCUCUUGUAAAUAUUUGUCAUUUGUAUUUAUUAUCUUAGUGUUUUCCCCUCAAAGACAUAAAAUUGCUUCCUGUGUUCUCUGUUAUGACUUUCUCAUGUUGCUGGGUUUGGGGGGUUUUUUCCCCCUUCUCUGAACUCAGAAACAUCACUUUUAUGGUUCUUGUGAGAUUGGGGAGGUAUACAGUGUGUAUUUAUUUCUUGGGUCCUUUUCCUCAAAACUUUCCAAAUUCCUGUAAACAAGACAGAAGCACUUGCACAGUCUAAAACGUAAGCAGAGUAGUUGUUACAAACAGCCCUUCCUUGUCCUUCAUACUUCGUACAGAUUUACCCAGGAGCCUUCCUUUGAGGAAGGAUGUGGAUCCCCAAAUAAAGAUGCAGUGUUUAUUUUGAGCUUCGCAUCUUAACAAGAUGAUCUGAACACCUCUCCUUUGUAUCAGUAAAUAGCCCUGUUACUCUAAAAUGAGAGGAGGGAGGGCAACAAAACGCUGACAACCCAAAACUAACCAACUAGAAAACACCAACUGCAGUCAGGCAUACUUCACACACACACACACACACACACACACACACACACACACAAGUUUAAACUCUAAACCUAGUAAGUGGCGUCUCUAGAACAGUAUGAAACAAUGCUCUCAGUGGCCAUUUCCUAAGGAAGAACAGCCCGGUUGAUCUCAGAGUUGCACCACGUGGGCUUGCUAAGUCUGUUUCUGUGACAGAAUUAGGCAACAGGGCCUGUCUGUUGUCACACUGCAUUGUUUUCCUUCAAGCAUUAAUAAAGUUUUUAAA